UGUACAAGCCACAGUAAACAGCAGAAUGAGAUAAAAGAGGGAGUGUAAGGUGCUUGGUAUGUUGCUAGCAAGUUAGGCAGCUAAACAGAGUGGCGGAAACGGACGCAGACGUCAAGGUCAUUGUUUAUUGUAGAGAUUAAAAGCUGUUUAUUGAAACGUUCCACGAUCUACGACUAGCAAAGUUGUUGACAUCACUCGCAUUCGGAGUACUGCCAAGGGGAAAAUCAGCUGGCUGGCUAGCUAGCUAGCUAGCUGGCUAACCACAACAAAACGCUUUGGCUAGCUGAGAUAGCUAGCUGUUAGCUAAACGGCAGAUCCCUUACCCCUGCCCCAGCGACCCCCCCGGCCCAAGUCAGGAUGGAGUGUCGUGGUCCCUGGGGUGUGGGAGCCCCACUGGUGGUGCUGAUGGUGGCAUUGUGCUGCACUCUGGCGCCCUCUCCUGGACAUGCGUACAUUUACGCUCAUUACAGCAACAGGACAUCCAUGGUGUUCGAGGACUUGCCUGCCCUCUUCGGGAACCAGCUGCCAAAAGACGGGCUCAUGGGGGUGCUGGUGGAGACGCGUCCGCUCAACGCCUGCGUCCCCAUCGAGCCGCCACCCACGCCCCUCGCCCCCAUCGUGGGCAACCUCACCAAGUUUAUAGCUCUCAUCCAACGCUACGACUGCAACUUCGACGUCAAGGUACUCCAUGCUCAGCAGGCCGGCUUCAGUGCAGCCAUUGUGUACAACGUGCACUCUGACAUCCUGCUCAACAUGGGCUUCAACGACGAAAGCAUUGUGCAGCAGAUCGAGAUCCCGUCAGUGUUCACCAGCUACACUGCCUCCCAGCUGCUCAAGGCCUACGUCAUCCCUGACAGAGGGGCCUACGUGAUCCUGAGGCCGGAGUUCUCCUUCCCGCUGUCCUACUAUCUCAUCCCCUUCACUGGCGUUGUGGGCAUCAUCAUCCUUGUCAUGGUGACCGUCCUGAUCAUUCGCUGCGUGCAGUACAGGAAGCGAAUGAGGAGGAACAGGCUGAGCAGGGAGCAGCUGAAGAAGAUCCCCGUUCACAAAUUUAAGAAAGGGGAUGAGUAUGAUGUGUGUGCCAUCUGCCUGGAUGAGUACGAGGACGGAGACAAGCUGAGGAUUCUGCCCUGUUCGCACGCCUAUCACUGCAAGUGCGUCGACCCCUGGCUGACCCAGACCAAAAAGACCUGCCCCGUGUGUAAGCAGCGUGUGACCCGGACCAGCCCGGAGCUGUCCGAGUCCGAGUCGGACGGGGAAGGUGGCGGGGCGGUGGCCAGCGAUGAGGAAGGUGGAGCGGAGGUAGAGUCUGAGCGCACCCCACUGCUCCGGCCCUCCAACCCCGGCUCGCCCUCGUCGGGCAGCCCUGGGGCCUACGCCGCCACGGUGACGGCGGCCCAGUGCCUGGGCCCGGCAGUCCGCCCCGACUCGCCCAUCCUGGGCCACGACGGAUACUACUCCCCCGAGGCGGAGGACACGGCCGAGUCCGAGGUGGAGGGGGACGAGGCCAGCCUCUCUGACGGAGACACGGCACACCUCUUAGGGAAUGGCGCGGUCAGGGUGUGAGGGCUGUCCACUUCCUUUGCCGCCCCCCCCCCACCAGUUACACAACAUCCCCUUUCCAGAUUUGUCCCAUGCCAUUCUGUUAUCGUGUUUGUGACAUCUGUGACACUUUUUUUUCCCAUUUUCUGCUAACCGUAGUUUUGCUUGAUGUCCAGACCCUCCGUUUGCUUAUAUUGCUUUUUUCUCUCAUCCCUCCCUGGAACGCAUUGAUGUCCUUUCCCUCUGUCUUCCUACUCCACCGCUCUCUCUCCCUGCUUGUCUUGCUUUUGACAGCUGGCCCAGCCCAGCACUGAGGCGAUGUUCUGCAGUGCUGACAAACGAGCAGGCGUGCUCCUGAUCUGUCUCGAUCCAGCCAGCGGGACUUUGCUCCAGCUUGCUCAAGAACUCUUCCAAGAAAAGGCAUGGAGGGAAGCUAAGAGGGGCCAAUGCUAAUAUGUAUGGUGUUUGGGUUGUGUUUUUAUGGAGGCUGCAGGGGAACUGUCUCUACAUGAUUAGAUGGUGCUGUUUCAGUUGCCUCCACUGUCUGAGCUUAUAAGCAUUCCCAGCGAGAAAUACUACAAGUUUAGUGUUUCUUCAAGUAAUAAUACUAUCUACUUUAAAUGUAAGCAAAUAGGUGGAUAUGACCACUGUAGUAUAAUUGUUGCAGGCUGUAGUGUCUGCCCAGAGCUCCACAGUUUUUCCUUGCAUUAGAUGGAGAUGGCCAAGUGAUGGUUUGGGAAUCACUUGUUGAAUGAUGAUCUCUGAAUGAUUUGUAAUAACCAUUUGAACCAAUCAAAGGGUUGCACACUGUAGAGAGCAAAGCACUGAUCCGGGAUCAGUACUGUGGGGAAGGACAGUGUGGAAGGGACAGUUCUGGCACAGGUGUUCUCUUGUGUUGCUCCCAUCCUCUGUCCUGGAGGUUCUGCCCGUUACACCCUCACGUGAGAUGCUGCCCUCUGAUUGGUUCGAAUCGUGUCUUCAUGGGGGCUUUUUAAAAGAUAAUUGAUACCAACCUGCCAGUCUCGGGGGUUGUGUGUAUGGGAGUGGGGCGGUUCUCAGACGCUGGCUCAUUUAGGUAGUUGUUCUCUUCCUCUUUCUGCUGAGCUGCCGAGUUCGGACACCGGAGGAACCACAAACUGCUACAGCUUUCCCACCACCGCUGCCGCCUACCAUGUUGAGGCUGCAGUCUCAGUGCACGAUGUGCUUACUGUCCCUUCCCCUGGCUUACUUACACCCCCCC